GUUUUGUUCAUUGUGCUAGUUUUAUGUUGGUUGGCCUCCAGCCAGGAGGUGGCACUUUCAAGAGAGCAUCAACUGUGGUAGUAUAGGAAGGAUCAGGUGGUAGGUGGGGCCAUAGAGCUCCCAGGAGAUUAUGUCCUUUGUCUUCAGCUACCAGGGCAGGUAGAGAAAGACCAUCAGGUUGGGGCAAGGUUAGGUGUAUCUGAGCUCAGACUCUUCUUGGGUGGGGCUUGCUGUGGCUGCUGUGGGGUAUGUGGGUGUGGUUCUCAGGCCAGUGGGAUUAUGUUUCCAGAGGUAUUAUGGCUGCCUCUGCUGCAUCAUGCAGGUCACCAGGGAAGUGGGAGAAAACAGGCCUCAUGCAGCUCCCACGUAUCCCAAAAGGCCAGUCUUAUUCCUACCUUGCCCUCUCAAUAGCACUGAGUUUAUUUCCAGGCAGCGGGUGAACAGAGCUGGGAACUUUCCCCAGGCUACCAGCCUCCCUGCUGAGAAAGCAUGCAGGACUUUCAGGUUCUGUGUUUCCCCACCUGCCGCAGCUUCUCUGCUGUGUCUGCACUCCCUAUUCGCCCCCUCCCCCGGGUUCUAUCCAGGAAACUGCGUUUGGUCAAAAUGUUACAAAGUUCAGCUGUAAGUUUCCUUCUCCCUGUGGUCUUUUCCCAGUUCCUCUGGCAGCCCUCCCCAAGGACCCUUGUGAGACAAAGUCAGAAACGGCCUCCCUGGGGACCAAGAGUGCCCACAGGGCUCUUCCUGCUGCUUCUUCUACACCUGUAUUUCACUUGGCUCUCUAAAUUUGUCUCAGCUCCAGGUAAGGUCAGAUCCUUCUUCUGUGAUCUGGACCAUCAGGUUCCCCAGUGAGGGUGUGUGUUUGGGGGCAAACGAUCCCUCUUUCACACUUUGGGCACUCAGAGUGUUUUGGCUGUCUCCAGGUGCCUGCAGCAGCAAUCCGCUUCCUUCAAAGGAUCUGUGGAUCCUCUCGCUUUCCUGGUAUGUUCCUGUGGUAGUUCUUGGAGCAAAAGUUCUCUAUGUGAGUCUUCACACGCUGCUCUCUCUGUCUGAAUGGGAGCUGCAAGUUAGUCCUGCCUCCUAUCCGCCAUUUCUUUUUCUAAUGUCCUGGCUAGUAACUUCUGAGUGGAAUGAUGCAUCAUUUACAUGUCACUUCAGCCUAAGGAGUAGAGCCCUCCUGACCUUGCAGCUUCUCUUCUGAGCUUUUGCAUUGAGACGCUGGCACCUGUGUACGGAAGCACUAUCAUCAGGAGAUUGCAGUAGAGUUUUAAGCCCUUGUGGUCCCCGCUGCCUGUUUGUUUCUCUGAAGGGAUUCCACAGAGAACAGCCUUCUGAGAUGGGAUCGGAAUCAAAGAAAGCGGUUACACAUUCACAUGGCUCAAAAAACAUCAAAAGAUCAAGUUUCGAGUUUCUCCUCAUCCUUCUCUCCAUUUUUUUGAGUCCUCAUCCUCUUCCCCAGAAGGAAAAGCACAAAUUGGCUAAGAAGUAAAUCUGAAGAAAUCUUUCUGUCUUCACAGACCGUUGUAACUGGCAUGAGCUAGAUCUGGUUUUUCUUGCUGUCCAUGUAUUAGAUUGAUGUUUCCUAGCUUGUGUGUACACAGAGAAAGGUACUUAAGGAAAUAUCUGUUGGAGAACUAAAUCCAAAUGAAACUGUGCAGGCCAAUUUGGAAGCCCAACUCCUCUCCAAGCUGGACCACCCAGCCAUUGUCAAGUUCCAUGCAAGUUUUGUGGAGAAAGAUAAUUUCUGCAUUAUCACAGAGUACUGUGAGGGCCGAGAUCUGGAUGAUAAAAUUCAGGAAUAUAAACAAGCUGGAAAAAUCUUUCCAGAAAAUCAAAUAAUAGAAUGGUUUAUCCAGCUGCUGCUGGGAGUUGACUACAUGCAUGAGAGGAGGAUACUUCAUCGAGACUUAAAGUCAAAGAAUAUAUUUCUGAAAAAUAAUCUACUUAAAAUUGGAGAUUUUGGAGUUUCUCGACUCCUAAUGGGAUCCUGUGACCUGGCCACAACUUUAACUGGAACUCCCCAUUAUAUGAGUCCUGAGGCUCUGAAACACCAAGGCUAUGACACAAAGUCGGACAUCUGGUCACUGGCAUGCAUUUUAUAUGAGAUGUGCUGCAUGACUCAUGCAUUCGCUGGCUCCAAUUUCUUAUCCAUGGUUUUAAAAAUUGUUGAAGGUGACACACCUUCUCUCCCUGAGAGAUAUCCAAAAGAACUAAAUGCCAUCAUGGAAAGCAUGUUGAACAAGAAUCCUUCAUUAAGACCAUCUGCUAUUGAAAUUUUAAAAAUCCCUUACAUUGAUGAGCAGCUACAGCACCUAAUGUGUGGAUAUUCAGAAAUGACUCUGGAAGACAAGAAUUUGGAUUGUCAGAAGGAGGCUGCUCAUAUAAUUAAUGCCAUGCAAAAAAGGAUCCACCUGCAGACUCUGAGGGCGCUGUCAGAAGUACAGAAAAUGACGCCAAGAGAAAGGAUACGGCUGAGGAAGCUCCAGGCGGCUGAUGAGAAAGCCAGGAAGCUGAAAAAGACUGUGGAAGAAAAAUAUGAAGAAAAUAACAAACGAAUGCAAGAAUUGAGAGCUCGGAACUUUCAGCAGCUGAGUGUUGAUGUACUCCAUGAAAAAACACAUUUAAAAGGAAUGGAAGAAAAGGAAGAGCAACCUGAGGGAAGACUUUCUUGUUCACCCCAGGACAAGGAUGAAGAGAGGUGGCAAGGCAGGGAAGAGGAAUUUGAUGAACCGACUUUAGAGAACCUGCCUGAGUCUCAGCCUAUUCCUUCCAUGGACCUCUGCGAACUUGAAUCAAUUGUAGAGGAUGCCACAUCUGACUUUGGAUAUCAUGAGAUCCCAGAAGACCCACUUGUGGCUGAAGAGUACUACACUGAUGCAUUUGAUUCCUAUUGUGAAGAGAGUGAUGAGGAGGAAGAAGAAAUAGCGUUAGAAAGAACAGAGAAAGAAAUCAGGAAUGAGGGAUCCCAGCCUGCUUACAGAACAAACCAACAGGACAGUGAUAUUGAAGCGUUGGCCAGGUGUUUGGAAAAUGUCCUGGGUUGCACUUCUCUAGACACAAAGACCAUCACCUGCAUGGCUGAAGAUAUGUCCCCAGGACCAACAAUUUUCAACAGUGCGAUGGCCAGGACCAAGAUGAAACGCAUGAAGGAAGGACACAGCAAAAAAGUGCCAUCUUGGAAGCAGAGGGAGCAGCUCCCACCAGACAGCAAAUCUGCUAGCACCUUGACCUGGACCUUCGACUUCCCAGCCUCCAGAACUCUGAGAAAUCAGCCAUGCAGAAGCUGGGGACAGAAGUAUUUGAAGAGGUCUAUAAUUACCUCAAGAGAGCAAGGCAUCAGAAUGCUAGCGAAGCAGAGAUCCGGGAGUGUUUGGAAAAAGUGGUGCCUCGAGCCAGUGACUGUUUUGAAGUGGACCAGCUCCUGUACUUUGAAGAGCAGUUGCUGAUCACGAUGGGAAAAGAACCUACUCUCCAGAACCAUCUCUAGGCAACUAUCAAAAAGAAGCAGAAGUUCAAGUGGACAAAUUUAUGUGAAAAUUCAUUUAACAUAUAAGCUGAACUCUAUUAUGGGGAAUGGAUACAAAAGUGGAGCUCUCAUCUUGACUUUCAAUUCCUUGUCAGAAGUACUGGCUUCUUUAGAGAGUAGUAAGCAUGGUUGCCUACGCUUGGAGUCAUAAGUGUUAUUUGGACUAUACCCUGAGAUAAGCUUAUAGAUCAAGUUUGGCUCCCUUGAAAAGCAUUUCUCUCAUGUGUGCCCUCAGGGCUUCCAGCAGGAUUGAGUCACCCUGACGAUGACCGGGGAGAAGCUGUGUGCUCUUCAUCAUUUUCAGCUGGAGGACAGAACUCAGUGCCUGACUGCCUAGGGUCUCAUGGACUGUGGGCAGCCUGCCGGUGAAGGUCACUGGACCCUAGCCUACAACAUGCUGAGCUACAGCCCAGAAGCCAGACAUGCCUGUCUUAGCUGACCUGUUUUUGGUCCACUUUUGCCCUUCCAUGACUAACAAGGAAGAUAUGUGUGUAUUUCAUACACACACAAGGACCUGGAUUAAAAAUCCAAAAAGUGAUUCUCUUCUAUGAUUUAUUUCAAACUCAUCCAUAGAUAAUUCAAGAUUUGUAUUCAAAAUAAACAUAGUUUUCACAGUUACAAAAUAAAUCACCUAUUUUAUCUU